GCGUGAAUGCAUCGUGGUGAGGACAUUGACCAAACGAGACAAUCCGAUCCAAUCCGAUCUCGCCGAGAACGUAGUCAGAACGACCAGAGGGGAAAGAAACGGUUCUGCUUAUAGACCGGAGGUGUCUGGACUGGAUAGAUCUGAAAGCACCGUUGUCGGGGGAGAAUCGUGGAAGAUGGGCGGCGAGGAAGGACUAGGCGUAACUACCGGUCAGCCGAAUCUUUACAAGCAGGAUCUAUCGAAACUCGAUGUUAGUAAAUUAACUGCAUUGUCACGUGAAGUAAUUAGCAGACAGGCUACAAUCAAUAUUGGCACUAUUGGACAUGUAGCGCAUGGAAAAUCGACGAUUGUGAAAGCUAUUUCAGGAGUACAGACUGUUCGUUUUAAAAAUGAAUUAGAAAGGAAUAUUACUAUUAAACUUGACGCGGCGGAAUGCAGUAGCAGCGGUGAAUCGGCAGAUAUACCUGGCAGAACCGUAGAUAGCAAAACGCCAGCUGUUAGCAAAAAACGACAUCUCUCCCCUGCUGGAAGCACUGACGCACCAUCGUGCGCCAAGAUGCCCAGAAUCCUCGACAGAAGAAGGGACCGCAACAACAUAUCUCAUCGAUUGGACGGCAGACACACGCUCUGUUCCUCCUCUUCUACCUCUUCAUUGGCGUCGUCGUCGUCGUCAUCGUCGUCCAUCUCAUCGACAUCAUCAUUUUUAUUACCAUUAUCAUCUUCAUCUUCAUCAUUAAUAUCAUCGUCGUCGAAACGUUUACGAACGCGACAACCAGUCAUUACGCAGCAAAUGCUUAAAGCAUUUGAUAACAGCUCUCGCACGCGUAGCAGAAGUGCGAGCGUAAAAGACCCAGGUAGUGAUGGCCGGCAAUCAGAUUACGAAGAAUCAUCGUCUGAUGGUAGAUUGUCCGCACGAGAAGACGCUAUGACUCCGCGCCUUGACUGUGGAUUAAAAGAGGCGCGAGUGAUGUUGCACGAUAUUAUGCAUAGUGAAAAGUAUCGGGAAUUAGCUAUAGCGGCAACGACACCUAAGUCUUUGCCUACGUCUAGUAAGAAGACGAAGCUCUGGGAGGUAGAGAAAAUUCUACAGAAACGGGAACAGAAUGGGCAAUCGGUAUAUUUAAUCAAGUGGAAGAACUGGGACUCCACGUACAAUACAUGGGAACCAUUUCGCAAUCUUAUCAAUUGCGAGGAUCUUUUACAUGAGUUUGAGGAAGAGCGGCAGAAGUUGAUUGAUCGAUUCAAAGCAACAACAAAUUUCUAUCCAGAUGUGUGUGACGUUCAGCUCUUCCUCUAUCAAAUGCCUAACAAGAGCAUGUCGAUCGAAGAUGCCACGUCUGCCGCUGCUGCCAUCAUCGCUCAAGAUAGAGUGUACACGGAAAUUCGUCGUUUUCUAAAAAGCUCGUUGCCAAACCCUAAACUGGAGGCGAAAAUCAAACGGCAAAUAUUGCGCAUGCUGUUGAUUGAGUUACGACGUAACCAGCUUGAGUUGCUGCAAGACUGGGAGAAUGAAAUGAACAGUAUUACAAAGGGCAAGCCGACGAUACAGGUGGAGAACCUAGUGGAUCUGGAGGGCGCACCACAGGACUUCUAUUACAUUGAUAAUUAUUUGCCAGGCGCGGGUGUCAUAAUACCGGAUGAUCCGCCAAUCGGUUGCGAAUGUGACGGCGAGUGCGGGACUGGUAACAAGUCUGGCUGUUGUUUUGCGCAAAGCGUCACGUCGUUACCGUACACGUCGGCGCGCCGGGUACGCGUACCCUUGGGUACGCCCAUCUACGAGUGUAACAAACGUUGCGCCUGUGAUGCGUCAACUUGCCCGAAUCGGGUGGUACAACGAGGCACUGACACACAAUUGUGUAUCUUUCGCACAGAUAAUGGACGUGGCUGGGGUGUGCGCACUCGGCGCGCGAUCAAGAAAGGUACUUUCGUCAUACAAUAUGUGGGCGAAGUGAUCAACAGCGAGGAAGCAGAGAAGCGCGGCAGACAAUAUAAUCUGACCGGUCGCACGUAUCUCUUCGAUCUCGAUUACAACGAAAUCGAUGACCAGUGUCCGUAUACCGUGGAUGCCGCUAUGUACGGCAACGUUUCACACUUUAUCAAUCACUCGUGCGAUCCCAAUCUCGCGGUUUACGCGAUCUGGAUUAAUUGCCUGGAUCCAAAUCUACCGAGUCUUGCGUUAUUUGCUAUUAAAGACAUUAAGCAGAAUGAGGAACUCACUUUUGAUUAUAUGUGCCAGACGCCGCGCGACAACGCAAAACGGCAGCAACUAUUGGAUGAUGAACCGGAAAGCGGAAGUGCCGCUUCAAAAGAAAAUAGAAUGCUCUGUAAAUGCGGUGCCCAGACUUGCCGGCGAUAUUUGUUUUAGAUGGUGUUGAGCAUUAAUUUAUUUGUAAACUAAAAUAAUCAGUUACAGAAAAUUCCAAAAAUUAUAAUUAUGAUUAAUGUAAUCAAUUAAUUAUCAAUUUUGCAUCAUUUGAUUAAAUUUUUGUUUAACUAAAGUUUGAUUAUUAAAAUAAACCAAACAACAUUAGCUUAAAAAAUAAUUUACUGUUAAUUUUUAAUUAUUCAAAAUUAUAUUCAUAAUUUUUAGAAACUAUUACGAACUUAAAGAAUGUUUAGUCCUACCAGUCACAGUGCUGCUAUAUGCUAAUACUGAAGUCACUUAGAACUAAGUCAAUCACUAAAUCACUAUCGUCUAAAAUGAGUUACUGCACUUUUUCUGAGCUAAUGUAAAAUUAGCAAAAAUAGCAUAAUCUUGAGUAGUUCGUUAUUUUCAAUUAAUCGAUUAAAUUAAUCAUAUAUACCAAGAAUUUAUUUUAAUCGAUUUACUUUUAUCGAUUGAUUAAUGCUUAAAAUUUAUUUCGAAGUAACUAAAAAAUGUUAAUCAUUUAUUGUUAAUCGUUAUUGUAUAAUCAGAAACUUAAUUUUUAGUCGUAAUUAUUAAUUAAUUAAAUUUUGUUUAUAUUGGUUUUAAGGAGUAUGUCUGUAUAACUUUUGUGAGCAUCAAUUAGAAGUGACGCUUUAAUUAACUUCAAUCUUUUUCCUAUAUAUAUUAUCAAAAUUAGCAAUGAUUAUAAUCUAAAAAGGAAAAGUACACUCAGAACCGAGAUAAUAACUUGAUCAAGCUAUUAUAUAAUUACUCAAAACUUUAUAAUUUUUUAAAAUCCAUUAAUUUUUUAAAUUGGAUUAUAAUUGUCAAUAAAGUUGUGAGUAAUUAUAAAUUUAUUCAAAUUAAAUUAAAUUUGUUUUUCUUGCUAAAUGCUAAAAUAAUAUUAGAAAAGUGAAACAGUCUUUCAAAAGUAAUAAAUUAAAAAAUUUAGGAAACUUAAUAACAUUAAAAUUAUUGCAUGUUAUUGUAAACAUAUUUUUAUGAUUCGCAAUUGAUUGCGAUGAUUGCAGUUUCAUCUAUUAUUUUUAUGCCUGCCAGAGUCAGAUGAGACUUUAAAGUACAAACUGCAAAUUUUACAUUGUAGUGAGAUCGUUCAUUGUCGUGAAUGAGUUAGAAUCUAUAGAUGAGCAUAGAAAAGAGAUAAAGAAAAAUAAACACUAAGAACUUAAUUAAAAGAUAAAUGAGACUACAUAGACAUGUAUAUGUGAUUAUUAUCAUGGAAUAAUUAUUAAUGUUAAGUUUCUUGAAUAUACUGAAUUCUUAUUUGAGAAAGUGUUGCACAAAACUGUUCGUUGUGUGGUUUUAUUUUACAUUCUAUGCUCAUUUUCAGAUUCAACUAAUUGUACAAAAGUUAAAUACAAACUUGAGAAGUAUGAAAUGAACAUUCGUAUAAGAGGCGUAGUAUCGAUUGACUUUUAUUGUACAUUAAUUUUAUACUUUGUAUAUUGUUUUUCCUUUUUCCUUCUUUUUUUUCUUAGAGAAUGCAAGUAUAUAUAUUUCUUGUGUACAUCCAUAAUAUACAUAAUAUAUGUAAUUACAUUGUGCAUGCAUCAGAUUUGCAGUGUCUUUUAAUCAGAGAUUUCAGAGAAAGUUGAGAAAUCUCGUUUGUUGCAGCUUUUGAAUAUUAACAAUUUACAUUUAAUUAAAAACAUUUAAAGAAACAAAAUUAAACGAAAAAAACAGACUCAAAAAUUUAGAAGACUGUGUAUGUGAAUCAUUUAUUUGAGCAUUGUAAAAUUAUAUUAAGAAAUAAUAAUUCUAUAGUAUGAUAAAAAUGCUAGAAACACGUACUGACACGUUUUCAGUCUCAAUGUUAAUCAGCAUAUUAUAAUAUCAAUUUUGUAUAUUAUAGAGUUUGUAUACAUACAAUUUAUAAAUAUAUUUUACUUUUGCUCUCGCAACACCAUUUCACGGCCAUUCAAUAAUUCGUAUGUGAAUACGAUUAAGAUUUGUAUUCAUAGAUCAAAAUUUUUGAUAUUGUAUGUCUGGAACGCAUCCGAUUUAAUAUGUAAAUUCCUCGGCCAACGUGAUUAAAUGUUAUAAUCGAAAGUGUUCUAAUUUUAUUCCACAUAUUUUGAUUACUUAUAUAUAUUGUAUAAAUUACAUGCUGAUUUGAUAGUCACUAGAAAAUCUUUGUAAGGAGAUUGGAUCUUUGGAGAUAAGGAUGUGAAUCGACUUUUUACAUUCUGAAUAUAGUGCUAACCGACAUGGCAUAAGUACUAUAUAGUGCUGGCAAUUAAAUACACAUAAGCACUACGCAAUGCAUAAUGUUUAAUGUUCAGAUAUGUGCAAAUUCACAGUUUCGCAAAAGAAAUCUAUUAUAAUAUUAUAAAUUCACAAAAGAAUCUAUUAUACUAUAACAUACGUUAAAGACGUCUGUAAUAUAAUUUAACGGUGAUUGAUUAAAUUUUUCUGCUAUGGAAAUAUCGGGGAAAAAAACAGUACUUAUAUAUUCGCUUUUUUACAACAAUAUUAUACAGUCAAUAAUAUUAAACGUUAUCGCAUUGCACAUGAAAGGAAUGGUUUUACUGGAAUAUUUACAAAUUUAAAUAGAUUUAAAAAUAAUUUAUGUUAAAUCAUCAAAAUAAUUACGAAGAAUAUUCGAGUACGAUAAGCAAUACCGUAAAAAGUUUUGACGUUUUAGCAAUUAACUUGAUCUUAUAUAUUUUGAUUAUUUAACAAAAUUAUUUUUAGAUUUGUUUCCGCACAGUUAAAUCUUAGAUAUUUUAAUAAAACUAUAAUAUUAAACAACUAACUAAGAAUUUGUCAUCCUAUUUUUUGUUUAUAUCAGAAUGUGAAUCGUCGGUAAUUUUAUAGUUGUAAAAAAUAAAUUGUUAUUUUUAAGUUGUAUUCUGUUUUAGAGCUUCGGGAUCGUUUUGGAAUCGUAUAAAAUGUGCUAUUGUAUUUUUUUUUAGAGAGAAUCUCACUUGGUGAAUAUUUUUCUACAUUUUUUCAGAUACAACAAAAUUACACUACACACACACACACACACACACACACACACACACACACACACACACACACACACACACACCAGUGAGCAUAGCACUACACAUGUAAGUCGAUUAUAAGAGAUGAAAGAAUAGUUAAGAGAAAGCGUAAGGUUCCUGUAGAAUCUUAUGAGAUUCAUGCACACGUCGUUGUUUUAUCGAUGAAUGAAAAUAAAAUCUCUUAUACGAGGCAAA